AGUAUAAUUUAUGACUUUUAAUUGCAUUUUUGAUGUUACUGUUAAAACUCUGUAAGCCGGUCGACCAUCUGGAGAGCCGCGAACCACGCAGAGCCCCUGACGCUUGUUCAUUUUCUGCUUUUAUUUGCUCAUUUGCAACAGUCAGCUUUUGACAUCUUCAAGUUGGAGCAAGUGAGAGCAUCUGAAAGCACAAAGUUGUUUCAGCCAAAGGAUGGCGAUACCGGGCAACAUGGGAGAGGAAGGGAUGGAUUUGGAGGGAUCAGCCACAACAGUCCUCAUAAACAUCAGCCUAUAUGGCACGACCAAUAGCACCGCCAAUGGAACCAACAUUACCUUUUUUCCCUACUAUCAGCACUCUGUGUAUGUGGCAGCCAGCUAUAUCGUGGCCUAUUUCUUCAUCUUCCUGCUUUGUAUGGUGGGAAAUAUCCUGGUAUGUCUGAUCGUACUGGAAAACCGUCGCAUGCGCACUGUCACUAACCUCUUCAUCUUCAAUUUGGCUAUCAGUGAUCUACUGGUGGGCAUCUUCUGCAUCCCUACAACACUAGUGGACAACCUCAUCACAGGUUGGCCCUUUUCCAACACUGUAUGCAAGAUGAGCGGCUUUGUGCAGGGUGUGUCUGUGUCUGCAUCCGUCUUCACCCUGGUGGCCAUCGCUGUCGAAAGGUUUCGCUGUAUAGUGUACCCUCUACAACCCAGGCCUACCAUACUUGUUGCUAAGGCAGCCAUCAUGUUAAUCUGGGUGCUAGCAGUGGUGAUCAUGUGCCCUGCUGCAGUGGCGCUAACUGUGGAAAAAGUUCCUUUUCACUACAUGGUUUACAACAAUGAUUUCAACCACACAUUCCCUUUGUACACCUGCUAUGAAAACUUUGCUAACCCUCAGAUGAGAAAGGUGUACACAGCAGUUCUGUUUGCUCACAUCUACCUCGUGCCCCUCAUCGUUAUCACCGUGAUGUAUGGAAGCAUCGGAGUGAAACUGUGUUCCUUCGUUGUCACAAACAGAGAGCCACAGCUGGCCAAUGCUACAGUCCAGGUGGAAGACAGAAGGGGUGGUCAGGUGGUAUCACAGAAAAAGAUCAAGGUGAUAAAAAUGCUCAUCCUGGUGGCUUUGCUUUUCAUGCUGUCAUGGUUGCCACUCUGGACACUCAUGAUGCUGACAGACUAUGGUGGCUUGGACAGGGACCAGUUGGACCUUCUGACCAGCUACAUCUUCCCGUUUGCCCACUGGCUGGCUUUCUCCAACUCUAGCAUCAACCCCAUCAUCUAUGGCUACUACAAUGAGAACUUUAAGAGGGGCUUCCAGGCAGUGUGCAAGUCCAGGCCCUUCUGUUGCUUUGUGCAGUGCCAGCUGUGGACUAGGAUGGCCAGGUGGUGCAGGAAAGAAAGGUUUGUGCAAGCACCAAAUGGAGGUAGUGACUUCAGAGAUGCCACUAGCAGUCAUAACCACUUUGCACUGAGGCCGAGAAAUCGAGUUCAUAAUGAGGACAAGCUGACUGACAUGGUGAAGGUGAAUAGGAGUACAAGGGUGAGGGGUGUGGUGGUCUACUCUGAGAGAAGUCCUUCAGAUCAAGGAGUAGAAAUAGUAGCUGUACUUCACAAAAGCAGUAAUGUUGAAGAGUCACAGAGGUCACUGGCAGUUUUGUUGUAUCAGGCAUGGGAUAUUUGAGACAUACUGCUGCCCAAAAAUGAUCCAUUAAAGCCAUAAUACAGUAUGUUGCAUUGUAGUCCCAAGAAAGAAGCAACUAUUAUACUUAUCAGAUGUUACAAGUCUGUUGUGAUGGCUAGACAUUACAGCUGUAGUUUUAGGCAGUGCCUCACCUUUAACAAACACUUAAAUUUGCUAACACCCAUGCUUAUCCAAUCAGGUACAGUACAGAUGACACAAUGGAGCUGCCACCAUGUGCACGCACCUUGUGGUUAUUAUAGUCAUUAUUAUAGACACUUUAGUUUAAUCAUUAGAUCAGUUUCACACAUUAAUCAAGGGGCUUCAGUUACCAUUAUCACACUUGGCAAACCUCAAACCUCCAACACGCAUGAUCAAGGUAAUGUCUGUUGUUAAUGUCUCCUCUUCCUGUCAGCAAAGCUGCUGGCCGAGUACGUACAGUACAUCUACUGUAUGUGCUCAGUGUGUGAAGCCACCGAGAAGAGCGACUAAUCCAAAGGAACCCUUUUUAAAGGGAAAGCCUUUGUGAAAUUUAAAAUAUAUCAUAAAGAUUGUGAGCCUUCACAUUUGA